GGAAAGGUGUCAGAUAAAGGAGGGCUCUCCUCCGGUUCGGAGGCAUCAUGGCCGCUAAGUCAGACGGGAGGCUGAAGAUGAAGAAGAGCAGCGACGUGGCGUUCACCCCGCUGCAGAACUCGGACCACUCGGGCUCGGUGCAGGGAUUGGCUCCGGGCUUGCCGUCGGGGUCGGGAGCCGAGGACGAGGAGGCGGCCGCCGGCGGCUGCUGCCCGGACGGCGGCGGCUGCUCGCGCUGCUGCUGCUGCUGUGCCGGGAGCGGCGGCUCCGGGGGCUCGGGCGGCUCGGGCGGCGGCGCUGGCGGCCCGGGCGGCGGCGGCGGGGCGGGCUCGGCGGCGCUGUGCCUGCGCCUGGGCAGGGAGCAGCGGCGCUACUCGCUGUGGGACUGCCUCUGGAUCCUGGCCGCGGUGGCUGUGUACUUCGCGGACGUGGGCACGGACAUCUGGCUCGCCGUGGACUACUACCUGCGCGGCCAGCGCUGGUGGUUUGGGCUCACACUCUUCUUCGUGGUGCUCGGCUCGCUCUCGGUGCAGGUGUUCAGCUUCCGCUGGUUUGUGCACGAUUUCAGCACCGAGGACAGCGCCACGGCCGCCGCCGCCAGCUGCCCGCAGCCUGGAGCCGAUUGCAAGACAGUGGUCAGCGGUGGGUCUGCAGCCGGGGAAGGCGAGGCUCGUCCUUCCACGCCGCAAAGGCAGGCAUCCAACGCCAGCAAGACCAACAUCACCGCCGCCAACAGCGGCAGCAACAGCAGCGGGGCCACCCGGGCCAGCGGCAAACACAGGUCUGCGUCCUGCUCCUUCUGCAUCUGGCUCCUGCAGUCACUCAUCCACAUCUUGCAGCUCGGGCAAAUUUGGAGAUAUUUCCACACAAUAUACUUAGGCAUUCGAAGCCGACAGAGCGGGGAGAAUGACAGGUGGAGGUUUUACUGGAAGAUGGUGUAUGAGUAUGCCGAUGUGAGUAUGCUGCACUUGCUAGCCACCUUUCUGGAAAGUGCUCCGCAGCUGGUCCUGCAGCUCUGCAUUAUCGUACAGACGCAUAGCUUGCAGGCCCUCCAAGGCUUCACAGCGGCAGCCUCCCUGGUGUCCUUGGCCUGGGCCUUGGCCUCUUACCAGAAGGCCCUCCGGGACUCCCGAGACGACAAGAAGCCCAUCAGCUACAUGGCAGUCAUCAUCCAGUUCUGCUGGCACUUCUUCACCAUCGCUGCCAGGGUCAUCACAUUCGCCCUCUUUGCCUCAGUUUUCCAGCUGUACUUUGGGAUCUUCAUCGUCCUUCACUGGUGCAUCAUGACCUUCUGGAUCGUCCACUGUGAGACAGAGUUCUGUAUCACCAAAUGGGAAGAGAUCGUGUUCGACAUGGUGGUGGGGAUUAUCUACAUCUUCAGUUGGUUCAACGUCAAGGAAGGCAGGACACGCUGCAGGUUAUUCAUUUACUACUUUGUGAUCCUUCUGGAAAACACAGCCUUGAGUGCCCUCUGGUACCUCUACAAGGCCCCCCAGAUCGCAGAUGCGUUUGCCAUCCCAGCGCUGUGUGUGGUGUUCAGCAGCUUUUUAACUGGCGUUGUUUUUAUGCUGAUGUAUUAUGCCUUCUUUCACCCCAACGGACCCAGAUUCGGGCAGUCACCAAGUUGUGCUUGUGAGGACCCGGUCGCUGCCUUCUCUCUGCCUCCAGAAGUGGCCACGAGCACCCUACGGUCCAUCUCCAACAACCGCAGUGUUGUCAGCGACCGCGAUCAGAAGUUCGCAGAGCGGGAUGGGUGUGUACCUGUCUUUCAGGUGAGGCCCACCGCCCCAUCCACUCCGUCGUCUCGCCCACCACGGAUUGAAGAAUCAGUCAUUAAAAUUGACCUGUUCAGGAAUAGGUACCCGGCGUGGGAGAGACACGUUUUGGACCGAAGCCUCCGAAAGGCAAUUUUAGCCUUUGAAUGUUCCCCGUCUCCUCCAAGGCUGCAGUACAAAGAUGAUGCCCUCAUUCAGGAGCGACUGGAGUACGAAACCACUUUAUAAAACCAAGGGCUUGCAGGAGCCACAACGUCCAGAUGAAGGGGUGACAGCAGGGCUGUGGCAAUAAUGACACUUCAUCCUAGAGGAGGGCAACGAGCGGUGAAGCUCUCAGUCUGACCGUGGUCACGAUUAUCGUUUGAUCCUCUGCUGGUCUCCCUCCAAACCAGCAGCGCCGAGAGUCUCUCUCUCCACCUGAAGGAACGACACCAGCUUAACGUGACUCUCCACAGCUGCCAAACUCCUCCUGCACGGUCUUGGAGAGCUCCCACCAGAGGGCACUACUAUUAUAGAAAAUUUUGCCUCCAAUCCAUAGGGUGUUUUGAUGGAGUUAACUGAUCUUUGCAUAAAAAUAGAUUCAGUCAUACACACACAUACACACGCUAACACCCACUAACACACACAGAUAACACCCCUCUGUCAGAGUAGCUUAGGUGAUUUUUCUUGAUGCAAAGCUCUGAUUCCCGCAGGAAUAUAAAAACAAAGAGAGAGAAAAUAAUAUCCCUCAAGACUCCAGAAAAAACAAUAGAACUGCUUAGAAAAUUCAUGAUCCAUUUCCUUAUUUGGAAACCCAUACCAUGUGUGAAAAGCCUCUCUAACGGACAGCAAACUCAAGUGUGUUUACACAUAUGUUAGCGUUGAUCGAAUGGUUCGUUUUCUACACAUUUCAGGAUUUUUUUAUUUUAAAUUUUCAGUUGAGAACAUCAUUUUUUGACAGAAAUCCUAUGCAGCACAUGUAUGGCUUUUGACAAGACCAAGGAGCUUCAUAACUUCAUGAUGUAAAUUAAAUGAUAUUCGUGGUUCAGUAUUCAAUUGCAACAAUUAAUAAGUACACAAAGAGGAAGUGGGGGAAAAGGCAAAAUGAGAGUUGAUUCCCAGGCAUGUGCAGCUCCCAUUGGAAUGUGCGGGCCCAGCGGCGGGAGAGGAAUGGGCCGGAACUGGAUCUGUUUCUGGUCGCAGCUCUGUGUCAUUCCAGGAGUGAUUCCGAGAGACGCCACACCGCUCCUUUCUAGUGCCAAACACCAUCCAACCACAGGACUGACAUGGAAGCCCCGAACAACUGAGAAUGAGUGGCGUGAGCCCCCCAGAGCAAACGAGAGAAUGAACAAUCAAGUUCUCCACUGUGUACAGACUUUACCCCCCCCAAUCCAAGGUCAAAGUGAUGUGUCUUUUAGAGGCUUUGGGACACUUUUUAGUAAGUAUGAGCAGACAAAUGCAGUGAAUAUGCUAUGAGAAAACCCUCCUGAACUGAUAGAGGGCUUAACACUAUAUCCAGCUAAGAUUUGUAUUUGAAUCAUCUGUAAAGUCACACUCUCACAACAAGCUUCUGGGUUUUAAAUACCUCCGUACAGCAAGUUAACGUUCCCCGCUUUCUGUUCUCAGUGUCCCCGGUCAUGGUGCUUUUUGUUGCAUUAAAAGUGCCGGUCAAACUUUGAUAGUAUUUUUUUAUAGUUGGUGCAGAGUGGAAUAACUCAUGGAUUAUUUCAAUAUUUUUGUAAUAAAAAAUAUAGGGUAUACACACAGGCAUCAUCACUUUUUUUAUAGACCUGGAAUCGUUUAAAAUACUUUAAGCAUCAUAAUUGCUGGGGAUGUCAGAAACUGGUCCACAAAUUCCAUCACCCUGCCUCGGCAGAUCGAAAACACUUGUCUCUUGCAAGAUCACCCUACUUUGCAAGUUGGUGCCCCCAGGAACCUGGCCAGGGGUGCUAUCAGAAUAUCAGGUGAAGAGAGAAUCAGCUUAACUAGAAAGGGCUUGUCAAGACUGGCCAAUGUUUCCCAGGAAAUCAAAGAUGUAAAUGAUUACUUUCAUCCAUCCAUUAUAACAAACCUGACCACAGUGGAAGAUGUCUUAAACUUCCUUCCUUGGUUUUAUAUUAACCCAACUGAUAUAUUAAAUAUUAGUCAAAUCACUAAAAAAAA